AUGUACGUGGAGACGUCUAGCCAGGUGAAGGGUGGGAAGGCCCGGCUCAUCAGCAAUCUCCACUACGCGACAGAUGGUCAGUGCCUCGUGUUCUACUAUCACAUGUAUGGCACCGCUGUGGGCUCCCUCAACGUGUACACACGGCAGGCGGGACUGCUAGGCAGUGUUGUGUGGACCCUCGCUGGUGAUCAGGGCGACCGCUGGUACAAGGGCAUGGUGGAUGUUGCCUCCUCGACAACCUUCAACGUUGUGUUUGAGGGUGUCGUUGGAAGCAACGUCAAGGGUGACAUUGCCAUUGAUGAUGUAUUCCUACUCGAUCAAGCCUGUCCUAACCCAGAUGCCUGUGACUUUGAAUUCGAUUUGUGUAGUUGGAAUAAUGAGCAGGGUGAUGACUUUGACUGGAUACGACACAAAGGUGUAUCCACGAUGACAAGUACAGGCGCACAAGGAGAUCACACUCUGAAUGGAACCGGUUACUAUCUCUUAGCUGACUCUUACUAUCCAAGAGCUAAAGGUUCUAAGGCGAACAUAGUUUCUAUUGAGUUCUCCAAGGAUGAGCCUCAGUGCAUGACCUUUUGGUACUACAUGCAUGGCAAGACGAUUGGAAGCCUUAACUUAUAUGCAAGGAAGUCGGUCAGCAACACCAACGAGACGCUGUGGGGCAAAGCAUUAGAGCAGGGAAACACAUGGUUGUUUGGGUUUGUGACAAUAGCAAACAUGACCGAAAAUUAUGUUCUCGUGCUUGAAGCUGUGAUUGGUGAUGUAUACUACUCUGACAUGGCUAUAGAUGACUUCAACAUCAUGCCGGGAGUCUGCGUAAAUGACACAGGCUAG